CAGUGCUUUGGCCCUGCUGCAGAUACUCUGUCUCCUUUCAUCUAUAAGCUCCGGUCCCCACAGAGGCCCAAAGGUAGAAGCAGAUCCCCUGUUCUUCCCUCAGAGACAGGCCUGAGAGAGAGAGCGAGAUGAGGUGUUUGGGAGGAAAGACGAAGUCACAAAGUGCAUAAAGCAGUAGAGAUGGAAAGUGGUUUUAGGCUGAGGGAGGGAAUAAGGGAGAUGAAGAGGCUGCUAUACUGAGAUAUAACAAACUCUAAUUCUGUUCAAUUAGAUAUGCUCCUAAUUAAUUGGGCUUUGUUUUGUUUUGUGUUGUUUGGGUAUGUGGUAGCUGAACAGACUUGACAAGCACCAAACCACAAACCACCAAAUCACAUAAUUUUCCUGUGCUAUUCUGUGUCUGGUAGGGUAGGCAUGAUUCAUCUUAUUUUUCAAGAGGUUUUUGGGUUUGUUUUGUAUAUAAAGACCAAGGAAAGAGUAAAGGCAGAGAGGGCCUCAGACAAGGGGGCUUUUUUCACGGCAGACACAAUACCUUGAACGACACAAAAGCUUUCAAAUCAAACACUGUCAUGAAGUCAAAUGCCAAGGUAAAUGUCAAUAUCUCUAUUCCCAGGAAUGCCACAAUGCCUGUUUGUUAUAAAUGCACAGUCUAUUGAUUCACACCCUCACUUAUUUUAUCUCUUCGCUCUCCUCUCCAGCUGUCCACCGCUUCCUGAACAGCAGUAUGUUGGUGUCUCAGGAGGACAGGGAUCUGGAAACCAGUAGCUAGGGAGCAGGAGCUACAGGGCCCAUGGUGUCCAUCUGCUACUCUGUUCUCCUGUGAGACUGUCUUUGUGUCAGGGAUCGAGAGGUGGACACACACACAACCAAGGACUAUCUAACAGCAGGACUGCACCACUUUGCAGGGCACUGGAGGGCCACUGGGCAGAAGGUUGGCAUCUGGCUGGCAGAGAGAGGGCAGAGAGUGGGUACUGUGGUGGGCAGGUGACCGCAGCGCCGAGAUUACAGAUUAGGAGAUUAGGGAGAGCAGCAGGUCAGGGCACAUCAUCCUGACAAAGCCUGCACUUCCACCAACACUACACAGCAGAAUUCAAUUAAACCCUACAGCUACUGGCAGGCAGUGGCCCAGCCUCACAUACACAUACACUCAUACACAAAUAUACAAAGAAUCUCCACUGCUGGACAGCUGCUGAGCUCCCCUUCUCUCCUUUCCUGUUUGAUGAUCAGCGCCAGAUGGAGUGAUGGGAUUUUUUUCUUUUGAUUGAUUUGUCUUUUUUUAAUCCAGUCACUCAUUGCCUCACAGUUCCUUUGAGGGCAUUCAUUGGUAAGUCGUUUUAAGGUUGUCAUAUCUACUUUUCUUAAGACUCUGUGGCAAUCCCCUUUGUCAUUACGGUCAGAAUGCUUUGACCGUAAUAUUAUAUAUUAUUAUUAUAUUACUUUAGGAGGUUUUACAGGACUGCUUUUUCUCUGGCUGAAGAGCACUGGAAUUCUGAUGGUCACGCAGACUUUUUGAGGCUACACUGCAGUGAAUAUUUGAGAACUAGACUACACGACACCUGACCCUAUGUUCUAGAGGAGAAGAACACAAGGUCCUGAGUAGCUCUGCUCUUUCUACAAGUCUCAGAAUCUCAGAAUUGGAUCUUCUUACAGAAAAAAUAAAGCUUGCGCGAGACAGGGGCAGAGAAGUGAGAGGAGAGGGGGAGACGUGUUAUUUGUUCAGGUUGACUAGAGACUCGAUAGAGCUUCUUUCAUGCCAGCCUGCCUGCAGUCGCCGCCUUAUUUUACCCUCCUUCUCCCGUCUAGCCCGCUAGAGCAUACUAAUCAGAAGACUGCUUCAGCACUUCACAGAGGACCUCCUAACACCAGGGCGGGCUACUCACAUGGACGGCUGAGAUUACAUUAAUGACUCACUACCUGACUUUUACCAUGGAUAUCACUAUAGGUGGAUAUGACUGCUAACACAGCGUUAUAAGCUCUGACAGUUUCUCAGAAUCUAGCAGUGUACAAUUUGUGCAGAGUUCGUCAGAGUUUUGUAUGUGCAGACACUCUGGAGCUCUGCUGGAGCUCCCAUCCAGGACUGGAGCAGUGCUGUGAGUGGACAGCCGGGGCUGGGUGGGUGAUAGGUGUGAAGAGCGGCAGCUGCGUGCAGAGAGACUGAGAGCGGGGGGAAGCAACAGACACAGACUCUCAGACAAACUGUUUAGUGUGAGACACUGAGAGACUCACUGUGGAGCAGCGGCUCUCCCUCUCUCUGUCUGUCGGGCUGGGAGAGUGUUCUCUCUGAGCCAGCCAGCACACUGAGUGGAGCUGAGGCCAGCAGGUUGGGGACGGUGGCAGGAAACAGCGCAUGGUAUUGGGGGGGCCGGGUGCCCUACGUCACCCAGCACCGGGAGGGGCACUGGGGUUGGGGCUGGAUGUGGGGAAGCCCUGGGGGGGCAAGGGUCCAGAGGUCAGGGGAGCUGAGGCCCUUGUUAACAGGCGGGGCCAGUGUGGAGCGGGGUGGUUGGACGGCAGGGGCCAGGGCCGGUGGAGGAGGCAUGCGGUGCUCACUGAGGGUGUGGGUUCUGCUGGGCUCCCUGGGCCUCGUCUUUCUCACCUCCCUCUUCUUCUCCAUCUCCCUGAGGGGGGGUGUUGGCCUGCCCUACCUGGAGCCCCCCGGGUGGGAGGAGUCCCGCCGAGUCAAACUUGUGCCCAACUACGCUGGUGCCCACCAGCUGGGCUCACUGGAGGGCACCCAGCAGCAGAAGACAUGUGCCUGCUCCCGCUGUGUGGGGGACCCUGGGGUGUCUGAAUGGUUUGAUGAGAACUACGACCCGGACAUCUCCCCUGUGUGGACACGGGACAACAUCCAGCUGCCUUCAGACGUCUACUACUGGUGGGUGGUAAGUGAUCCAGCUGAACAGCUUCUAUGUUUUAUUCAAUUUUACCCGUCCUCUAUCGUUCUUCUGGUCUCCCUGGAAAGAAUGAGAGCAGCUCUGCCAAUCAUAUUAAAGGAAGGCAAGCACAUGUUCGGUCUGUUAAAGAGGACAUUGAGUAAUGUCUGAAAACUGAAAUUAACAAUUCAGACAGAGCUGGAAAAAUAGCCCCUGUAAUUCUGUUUGAAUUACAGACAGGAAAGCACGCCUAGGUGAUUACGUAGCUAAAAGAGGUUGUUAUUUUUAAUAGACACGAACACUAAAGUAGAAGAGGUGUGAGAGAAAGAGGCUGACCUGUGAGAAGUAGCAUUUAGAAAACUAAGUUAGUUUGUGUUUGGUCAGAAGUUUAGCUUAUUUAGUGUCACGUCCUUGAGUUUCUGGCCUGGCUUUAUAUAUGCUGAACAAAAAUAUAAACUCAACAUGUAAAGUGUUGGUCCCAUUUUUCAUGAGCUGAAAUAAAAGAUCCCAUAUGCACUAAAAGCUUAUUUCUCUCAAAUGUUGUGCACAAAUUUGUUUACAUCCAUGUUAGAGAGCAUUUCUCCUUUGCCAAUAUAAUCCAUCCACCUGACAGGUGUGGCAUAUCAAGAAACUAAUUAAACAGCACGAUCAUUACACAGGUGCAGCUUGUACUGGGGACAAUAAAAGGCCACUCUAAAAUGUGCAGUUUUGUCACACAACACAAUCCCACAGAUGUCUCAAGUUUUGAGGGAGCGUACGAUUGGCAUGCUGACUGCAGGAAUGUCCACCAGAGCUAUUGCCAGAAAAUGUAAUGUUAAUUUCUCUACCAUAAAUCGUCUCCAACGUUGUUUUAGAGAAUUUGGCAGUACGUCCAACUGGCCUCACAACUGCAGACCACGUGUAACUGGCCAGUCAUGUGAAAUCCAUAGAUUAUGGCCUAAUUUAUUUGUUUCAAUUGACUUAUUUCCUUAUAUGAACUGUAACUCAGUAAAAUCGUUUAAAUUGUUGCAUGUUGCGUUUAUAUUUUUGUUCAGUAUAUAUCCCACUAGAUAAUUAGGUGAGAUUGCAAACAGAGGCAGACAUGCCAGUGCCAAGCCACUAAGUGGUGUAAAGUAAAUGAGCUGGUAAAAGGAUGAGAUUAGAGAGAGGAGGAGCUAAUGAGGUAGGUGCACGGGAGAGGCGAAAGAGGGCAUAGAUUAGGGUUAAUGCAUCUCUCUUAGAGUUAAGUCAAGAGUCUGCACUUUUGAGUUGGUUAGAAGAUAUUGUUUUAGGAACAUACAGUGCAUUCGGAAAGUAUUCAGACCGCUUGACUUUUUCCACGUUUUGUAACGUUACAACCUUAUUCUAAAAUUGAUUAAUAAAUCUAAAUACAAUACCCCAUAAUGACAAAGCAAAAACAGCUUUUUAUAAAUGUAUGCAAAUGUUAAAAAAACAAAAACAGAAAUACCUUAUUUACAUAAGUAUUCAGACCCUUUGCUAUGAGACUCGAAAUUGAGCUCAGGUGCAUCCUGUUUCCAUUGAUCAUCCUUGAGAUGUUUCUACAACUUGAUUGGAGUCCACCUGUGGUGAAUUCAAUUGAUUGGACAUGAUUUGGAAAGGCACACACCUGUCUAUAUAAGGUCCCACAGUUGGCAGUGCAUGUCAUAGCAAAAAACAAGCCACAAGGUCGAAGGAAUUGUCCAUAGAGCUCCGAGACAGGAUUGUGUCGAGGCACAGAUCUGGGGAAGGGUAUCAAAAAAUAUCUGCAGCAUUGAAGGUCCCCAAGAGCACAGUGGCCUUCAUCCUUCUUAAAUGGAAGAAGUUUGGAAACACCAAGACUCUUCCUAGAGCUGGCCACUCGGCCAAGCUGAGCAAUCGGGGGAGAAGGGCCUUGGUAAGGGAGGUGACCAAGAACCCGAUGGUCACUCUGACAGAGCUCAAUAGUUCCUCUGUGGAGAUGGGAGAACCUUCUAGAAAGACAACCAUCUCUGCAGCACUCCACCAGUCAGGCCUUUAUGGUAGAGUGGCCAGACGGAAGCCAUUCCUCAGUAAAAGGCACAUGACAGCCCGCUUGGAGUUUGCCAAAAGGCACCUAAAGGACUCUCAGACCAUGAGAAAUAAGAUUUUCUACGGUGAAGCAUGGUGGUGGCAGCAUCAUGCUGUGGGGAUGUUUUUCAGCGGCAGGGACUGGGAGACUAGUCAGGAUCAAGGGAAAGAUGAACGGAGCAAAGUACAGAGAGAUCCUUGAUUAAAAUCUGCUCCAGAGCGUUCAGGACCUCAGACUGGGGCGAAGGUUCACCUUCCAACAGGACAACAACCCUAAGCACACAGCCAAGACAAGGCAGGAGUGGCUUCGGGACAAGUCUCUGAAUGUCCUUGAGUGGCCCAGCAAGAGCCCGGACAUGAACCCGAUCGUACAUCUCUGGAGAGACCUGAAAAUAGCUGUGCAGCGACGCUCCCCAUCCAACCUGACAGAGCUUGAGAGGAUCUGCAGAGAAGAAUGGGAGAAACUCCCCAAAUACAGGUGUGCCAAGCUUGUAGCGUCAUACCCAAGAAGACUCGAAGCUGUAAUCGCUGCCAAAGGUGCUUCAACAAAGUACUGAGUAUAGGGUCUGAAUACUGAUGUAAAUGUAAUAUUUCAGUUUUAAUUUUUUAUAAAUUAGCAAACAUUUCAAAAAACCUAUUUUUGCUUUGUCUGUAUGGGGUAUUGUGUAGAUUGAGGGGGAUAAAACAAUGUAAUCUAUUUUAGAAUAAGGCUGAAACCUAACAAAAUUUGGAAAAACUCAAGGGGUCUGCUUAUACAGUACCAUUCAAAGGUUUGGACACACCUACUCAUUCAAGGGUUUUUCUUUAUUUGUACUAUUUUCUACAUUGUAGAAUAAUAGUGAAGACAUCAAAACUAUGAAAUAACACAUACGGAAUCAUGUAGUAACCAAAAAAGUGUUAAACAAAUCAAAAUAUAUUUUAUAUUUGAGAUUCUUCAAAUAGCCACCCUUUGCCUUUAUGACAGCUUUGCACAAUCUUGGCAUUCUCUCAACCAGCUUCAUGAGGAAUGCUUUUCCAACAGUCUUGAAGGAGUUCCCACAUAUGCUAAGCACUUGUUGGCUGCUUUUCCUUCACUCUGCUAUCCGACUCAUCCCAAACCAUCUCAAUUGGGUUGAGAUCGGGGGAUUGUGGAGGCCAGGUCAUCUGAUACAGCACUCCAUCACGCUCCUUCUUGAUAAAAUAGCCCUUACACAGCCUGGAGGUGUGUUGGGUCAUUGUCCUGUUGAAAAACAAAUGAUAGUCCCACUAAGCCCAAACCAGAUGGGAUGGCGUAUCGCUGCAGAAUGCUGUGGUAGCCAUGCUGGUUAAGUGUGCCUUGAAUUCGAAAUAAAUCACAGACAGUGUCACUAGCAAAGCACCCCCACCAUAACACCUCCUCCGCCAUGCUUUACGGUGGGAAAUACAUAUGCGGAGAUCAUCCGUUCACCCACACCGCGUCUCACAAAGACACAGCGGUUGGAACCACAAAUCUCCAAUUUGGACUCCAUACCUGUUAUGAUGAGUUUCUAGGGUAUCAAGUGAUUACGAAUGUAAGGAUGUACUUAGACACUUUUGAUGGGGAUUUAAUAUAAGAUAUUUAAUAUGGUACCAUGGUUAGUUAUCGCAGACAAAGGACAUAGCCCUGCCUCUGCCAUCUUCCAACUCCAUAACAAAGAUCCACUCUCUAUAUAUAUAUACACUCUGUUACAAGUCUCUCCACGAACAUCUGGUAAACCUCCAUGGGCACUCCCUUUCUUUGAUGUUAUUACCCUUUACCCCUGUCACUAUAUCACUAUAUCAAUUACAAUUACUCUGGCACCCCAAUUGUGGAACAAUGGUGGAACAAGCUCCCUCACGACGCCAGGACAGCGGAGUCACUCACCACCUUCCGGAGACACUUGAAACCCCACCUCUUUAAGGAAUAACUUGGAUAGGAUAAAGUAAUCCUUCUACCCCCCCUUACCCCACCCCCCCCCAAAAAAAAAUAAAUAAUAUUGUAAAGUGGUUGUCCCACUGGCUAUCAUAAGGUGAAUGCACCAAUUUGUAAGUCGCUCUGGAUGAGAGCGUCUGCUAAAUGACGAAAAUGUAAAUGUAAAUGUAUUCCAAGAUCAACAUCAGUAAUCUACUCUGACAUAAGGAAUGCAGACUCCGUGGCACCAAACCACUUAUCUACUAACUCUCCCCUGGUCCACACAAUACUAUGACAUGACAUCAUUACAAUACCAAAGGACAAAUUUCCACCGGUCUGAUGUCCAUUGCUCGUGUUUAAGAAGGAAAGAAAUUCCACAAAUUAACUUUUAAGAAGGCACACCUGUUAAUUGAAAUGCAUUCCAGGUGACUACCUCAUGAAGCUGGUUGAGAGAAUGCCAAGAAUGUGCAAAUUCUGUCAUCAUGGCUAUUUGAAGAAUCUCAAAUAUAAAUAUAUUUUGAUUUGUUUAACACUUUUUUGGUUACUACAUGAUUCCAUAUAAAAAUUAAGAAAGACCCUUGAAUGAGUAGGUGUGUCCAAACUUUUGACUGGUAGUGUAUAUUCCUGGCAUAAGGUAGAGGUGGUAGAGCAAUGAAGAGCAUGUCAUAGUUUCUCUACAAUGGAGCCUGAGAGGAGCAGAGCUGGAGUGGAGCAGAGCAGUAAAUACACUGUUUGGCAGCAGUGGUGUCCACUGAACAUCUGCCAAGAAUUAGUGACCCUGCAGAAAGCCGCUGUGCCAAGCGCUGGUAUUGAGGAGGGGGAGGAAGCAAGAGAGAUAGAGGAAAGGAGAGAGAGGGAGCAAUGGGGAGAGAAAGAGAGUGAGACAGUGAGAGGGGUCAUGCAUGGGAAACUGAGAAUUGGGGAGGGGGUGGCACGGGGGAGAAUCUGGAGAAAGAGAGAGAGAGUGCUGUGUGUGAGAGAGAGAGUGCUGUGUGAGAGCGAGAGCUGUGCGAGCGAGAGCUGAGUGAGAGAGAGAGAGAGAGAGAGAGAAAGAGAGAGAGAGAGCUGUGUGAGAGAGAGAGGUAUUUGAAAGGUGUGCCAAUAGCCUGAUGGUUCUGUUUUGUUUGGGGGUUGGGAGGUUCGCAUGUGCUCCGAUAGCAUUGAAAAACAGACUCAGUUUCACCUUCAAUGUUUAUUUUUUGGACAUCUCUCCCUCCAAUUCCCCCUAAAACAUCUGACCUCUUUUCACCUCCAUUUAAACAUUUUGUUUAUUUUCUCUUUUUCAUGAGUCACUACUACACAUCCCCCUCUGCCCUCUUUUGACAUCCUGUCGGAGGAAUGAGAGAAAGAGAGGAGAGUAUCCUUUUCUACCCUCAAAACGACUAGUGCCUCCUCUCCUCAGCCUGUCUGCCUCAGGAGCUGGCCUGUCCUCCCCUAUAAGUCUAUGGUACUCUCCCAGUCCCCCUGCCUGCUCUCCUGACUGUGUGGCCUCUUUGUCGCCCCCUGCCUGUAGAUGCUGCAGCCUCAGUUCAAGCCGCACGCUAUCCAGCAGGUGCUGCUGCGACUGUUCCAGGUGCUCCCAGGCCGCUCCCCCUAUGGCUCCUGGGACCCCGCCCGCUGCCUGCGCUGUGCCGUGGUGGGGAACUCUGGCAACCUGCGCGGGGCCGGAUACGGGCCAACCAUUGACGGCCACAACUACAUCAUGAGGUGAGGGAGGGAGAGGGGUUGGUGGGAGAGGGGGUUAGAACAUGUUAGGUUAAUCUGUUUAGUAGCUGGUAAGUUCUAUUAUGUGUUGUGCUAUAAUGCUACUGUAGGUUAUUUACAGUUAUUGUAUCUCUACAGAACAUAAUAAUAAUAAUAAUAUGCCAUUUAGCAGACGCUUUUAUCCAAAGCGACUUACAGUCAUGCGUGCAUACAUUUUUUGUGUAUGGGUGGUCCCGGGGAUCGAACCCACUACCUUGGUGUUACAAGCGCCGUGCUCUACCAGCUGAGCUACAGAGGACCACAACAUAGUGUACUAUUACAGUUGGUGGGGUAGGGGUGGGAGGAGUAAUGACCUCAACAAUGGGUUUUGCUGAUGUCUUGAAUUAGUUUUUAUAAAACCUUUAUUUUAUACUCAAGUAUUAACACAAAUAAUGGCACACUGUGCCUUUUCAGAAAUUAAACAACAAAUGUGUCAUUCCUAAAUAAAAAUGUAAACAUACAAAUAAAUUAAAUAAAAAUACAAAAAGCAUAUAAACUCAUCAAAAAAAGAAACGUCCCUUUUUCAGGACCCUGUCUUUCAAAGAUAAUUCGUAAAAAUCCAAAUAACUUCACAGAUCUUCAUUGUAAAGGGUUUAAACACAGUUUCCCAUGCUUGUUCAAUGAACCAUAAACAAUUAAUGAACAUGCACCUGUGGAAUGGUCGUUAAGACUAACAGCCUACAGACGGUAGGCAAUUAAGGUCACAGUUAUGAAAACGUAGGACACUAAAGAGGCCUUUCUACUGACUCUGAAAAACACCAAAAGAAAGAUGCCCAGGGUCCCUGCUCAUCUGCGUGAACGUGCCUUAGGCAUGCUGCAAGGAGGCAUGAGGACUGCAGAUGUGGCCAGGACAAUAAAUUGCAAUGUCCGUACUGUGAGACGUCUAAGACAGCUCUACAGGGGGACAGGACGGACAGCUGAUCGUCUUCGCAGUGGCUAUUAAGCAUAACCCACUCUUCUUGUGACUAUUAAGCAUAACCCACUCUUCUGCUGACAGAGCCUUCCUGCAGCUUCCCAGCAGUUGUCCGACAAUCCUUUCCGACCUCACCCCCAAAUGUUCAGCCACCCGUCCUCCAUCCAUUAAGGUGGGCCCAGCCAUAGCCAUUAACUGUUUUAGGGUGAUGAUUUUGUGGAACAGCUGCAGUUGUACAAUCCAGUCUUGCCCCAUACACCAGAGGUUCCUCCAGCAGCCAAUGCACUGACUCCGCUGAAGUGUGUCUGGACACCUUCAUUAUGCUCCAAACCCUAAGAAGGCCUCUGUAAAAAGGAGGUACUCCCUCCCUAGAGAUCUGGCUACUAUCAACCAAAAAUAAAGCCUUCUUUAAACCUAAUCCCGCGACCUGCUGUAAUACAAGACCUGCCAUCCCUCUCCAAACCACAUUUUCCAGUCAAUAAAGCAACCUUUAAAUAAACUGAAACCGGAAAGCAGCAGCCCUACUAGCAAGAUGUACAAUACCUUGUCCCCCCUCCUCUUUUGACAAAUACAAACACUUUGUGGAACCCAAUGAUGUUUAUCCCAAAAUAAAUCUACAAUAAUCGGCUGUAUCUUAGCGAGAAGGCCAGAUGGUAGCUCUAAAACUGACAACCGAUGCCACAGUGCAGAGGCAACCACAUUGUUAAGAAUAAUAGUGCGCCCCCUGUAUGACAUACAAGAUAACAACCAAUGCCAUAUCCUCAUCCUCCCUUCCACAAUUUCAACCACCCCAUUCCAUUUUUUUCCCAUAGUCCCCUCACUUCCUAGGUACACUCCAAGAUACUUAAAACCUCCCGUACACCAUCCUAGUCCCCCUGGCAAAGCCAUGAUCCCUCCAGACCGUUUUCCAAUCUGUAAAGCACAACAUUUUUCCCAAUUUACCUUUGCAGUGGAUAUUCCCCUUAACCGAUCAACCAAGAGACUCAAACUAUCCACCUCUGCUUGAUUUUUCACUAAAAUAACUACAUCAUCAGCAUAGGCUGAGAGACGAAUAGGAGGAAUAUCCUCUGAAAGGUACACCCCUUCAAUGCGACUUCUAAUGCUAUUUAGUAGUGGCUCUAUAGCGAUGGCAUACAGUGGGGGGAAAAAGUAUUUAGUCAGCCACCAAUUGUGCAAGUUCUCCCACUUAAAAAGAUGAGAGAGGCCUGUAAUUUUCAUCAUAGGUACAUGUCAACUAUGUCAGACAAAUUGAGGAAGAAAAAUCCAGAAAAUCACAUUGUAGGAUUUUUAAUGAAUUUAUUUGCAAAAUAUGGUGGAAAAUAAUUAUUUGGUCACCUACAAACAAGCAAGAUUUCUGGCUCUCACAGACCUGUAACUUCUUCUUUAAGAGGCUCCUCUGUCCUCCACUCGUUACCUGUAUUAAUGGCACCUGUUUGAACUUGUUAUCAGUAUAAAAGACACCUGUCCACAACAUCAAACAGUCACACUCCAAACUCCACUAUGGCCAAGACCAAAGAACUGUCAAAGGACACCAGAAACAAAAUUGUAGACCUGCACCAGGCUGGGAAGACUGAAUCUGCAAUAGGUAAGCAGCUUGGUUUGAAGAAAUCAACUGUGGGAGCAAUUAUUAGGAAAUGGAAGACAUACAAGACCACUGAUAAUCUCCCUCGAUCUGGGGCUCCACACAAGAUCUCACCCCGUGGGGUCAAAAUGAUCACAAGAACGGUGAGCAAAAAUCCCAGAACCACACGGGGGUCCUAGUGAAUGACCUGCAGAGAGCUGGGACCAAAGUAACAAAGCCUACCAUCAGUAACACACUAUGCCGCCAGGGACUCAAAUCCUGCAGUGCUAGACGUGUCCCCCUGCUUAAGCCAGUACAUGUCCAGGCCCGUCUGAAGUUUGCUAGAGUGCAUUUGGAUGAUCCAGAAGAGGAUUGGGUAGAAUGUCAUAUGGUCAGAUGAAACCAAAAUAUAACUUUUUGGUAAAAACUCAACUCGUCGUGUUUGGAGGACAAAGAAUGCUGAGUUGCAUCCAAAGAACACCAUACCUACUGUGAAGCAUGGGGGUGGAAACAUCAUGCUUUGGGGCUGUUUUUCUGCAAAGGGACCAGGACAACUGAUCCGUGUAAAGGAAAGAAUGAAUGGGGCCAUGUAUCGUGAGAUUUUGAGUGAAAACCUCCUUCCAUCAGCAAGGGCAUUGAAGAUGAAACGUGGCUGGGUCUUUCAGCAUGACAAUGAUCCCAAACACACCGCCCGGGCAACGAAGGAGUGGCUUCGUAAGAAGCAUUUCAAGGUCCUGGAGUGGCCUAGCCAGUCUCCAGAUCUCCACCCCAUAGAAGAUCUUUGGAGGGAGUUGAAAGUCUGUGUUGCCCAGCGACAGCCCCAAAACAUCACUGCUCUAGAGGAGAUCUGCAUGGAGGAAUGGGCCAAAAUACCAGCAACAGUGUGUGAAAACCUUGUGAAGACUUACAGAAAACGUUUGACCUGUGUCAUUGCCAACAAAGGGUAUAUAACAAAGUAUUGAGAAACUUUUGUUAUUGACCAAAUACUUAUUUUCCACCAUAAUUUGCAAAUAAAUUCAGAAAAAAUCCUACAAUGUGAUUUUCUGGAUUUUUUUUCUCAAUUUGUCUGUCAUAGUUGACGUGUACCUAUGAUGAAAAUUACAGGCCUCUCUCAUCUUUUUAAGUGGGAGAACUUGCACAAUUGGUGGCUGACUAAAUACUUUUUUCCCCACUGUAUAACAUUCCCGACAAAGAACACCCCUGCCUAAUACCUCUACACACUUUAAAAGGAGCACUCAAGCCACCGCUAACUUUCAAUACACUUUCAAUGUCACCAUAUAUCACCCUGAUCAUGGCAAUAAAACCAAAACUGAAACCAAAUGCCUCAAAAGUGCGCCAUAAGUAUUGAUGUUCAACUCGGUCAAAUGCCUUUUCCUGAUCAAUUGAAAUUAGACCAGCAUCCAACCCAAUAGCCCUAGAGACAUCCAAAAAAUCCAGAAUCAGAUCAAUGUUAUCCCCUAUCUGCCUGCCGGGAACACAGUAGGACUGGUCCGUAUGUAUGAUUUGCCCCAUCACCUCCCUCAGCCUGUUGGACAAAGCAUUGGACAGGAUCUUAUAAUCAGUGCACAAUAAAGCCACCGGCCUCCAGUUCUUCACCUCCCUAGGGUCACCCAUUUUUGGCAGUAGGGUGAGGACAGCCCUCCUGCAGCUUAUCGGUAGUAACCCUACGGGCAAACUAUCGUUAACUACUGCUAGCCAAUCCUCUCCCAACAUAGUCCAAAAAUACUUUAAAAAGUCAACGGGAAGCCCAUCAAUACCUGGCGCCCUUCCAUUUUCCAUGCCUUUUAAUGCAGUGUAUAGCUCCUGCAAAGUCAAUGGUUGCUCUAGCUCAACCUGAGCUUCUGCAGCCACCUGUGGGAGCCCAUCAAGGAACUGCUGUGUCACUGUUUUAUUCUCUUUGUACUCACAUUUGUAGAGCUCAGCAUAGAACUCUACUGCCCACUUUCUAAUUUCACUAGGGCUAGUGAGCUCCUGUCCAACAGCUGAUUUGAGGCAAUGAAUAAAUCUUCUUUGUCCAUUCCUUUUCUCUAAACCCACAUUUUUUUGGGAUGAGGCAUCCAUUUCAGAGAUUCUCUGAAACGUACUUCUCACCAAUGACCCCUGUGCUCUGAAACCCAGCAGGUCUGCCAAUGCGGCUUUUUUCCUCUUGAGGGCCUGAGUAUGGCCUCGAUCUCCUGUGGUCUCAACCAACGUCAGGAGUUCCACUAUUUCAGACUCUAGGGCUUUCAUUGAUCUGGUGAUGUCUUUGGUGACAUUCAUUCUGUAUUGAUUACAGAAUUGUUGGAUCUGGAUUUCCCCUAUAUCCAACCAUUGUUGAAGGGAUACAAAAAUUGCCUUUUGAGACCUCCACCUCUCCCAGAAAAAACUAAAACAUUUCGUGAAGUGAGCAUCACUCAAUAAAGUUAUAUUAAAAUGCCAGUAUGCGCUUUUGGGUUUUACAGCAUUAAUGAAUACCACCUCAGUUAUUAAACAAUGAUCAGAAAAUCCCGCUCAAUAAAGUUAUAUUAAAAUGCCAGUAUGCACUUUUGGGUUUUACAGCAUUAAUGAAUACCACCUCAGUUAUUAAACAAUGAUCAGAAAAUCCCACUGGGGUUAUCACACUUGAUUUACAGACCUGAGAUUGAUGCUCAAAACAAUAAAACCUAUCUAACCUGACCAGAGAGAUGGUGUUCUCUCUCACGUGGGCCCAUGUGUACUGUCUCGUCCCUCCAUGUUGACUCCGCCAAAUAUCACACAGUUCAUGUGUUACAAAAAGGCGUUUUAAAAAAGGUCUUGAGGCUAUAUGAGGUUCUUUGUGAUUUCUAUCUAAAUCGCUGACUGUGCAGUUAAAAUCCCCAGCAAGAUAUAAAUAAUCAUCAGUAUUACAUUUACAUACAGUGGGGAAAAAAAGUAUUUAGUCAGCCACCAAUUGUGCAAGUUCUCCCACUUAAAAAGAUGAGAGAGGCCUGUAAUUUUCAUCAUAGGUACACGUCAACUAUGACAGACAAAAUUAGAUUUUUUUUCUCCAGAAAAUCACAUUGUAGGAUUUUUUAAUGAAUUUAUUUGCAAACUAUGGUGGAAAAUAAGUAUUUGGUCAAUAACAAAAGUUUCUCAAUACUUUGUUAUAUACCCUUUGUUGGCAAUUACACAGGUCAAACGUUUUCUGUAAGUCUUCACAAGGUUUUCACACACUGUUGCUGGUAUUUUGGCCCAUUCCUCCAUGCAGAUCUCCUCUAGAGCAGUGAUGUUUUGGGGCUGUCGUGGACAACACGGACUUUCAACUCCCUCCAAAGAUUUUCUAUGGGGUUGAGAUCUGGAGACUGGCCAGGACACUAUAGGACCUUGAAAUGCUUCUUACGAAGCCACUCCUUCGUUGCCUGGGCGGUGUGUUUGGGAUCAUUGUCAUGCUGAAAGACCCAGCCACGUUUCAUCUUCAAUGCCCUUGCUGAUGGAAGGAGGUUUUCACUCAAAAUCUCACGAUACAUGGCCCCAUUCAUUCUUUCCUUUACACGGAUCAGUCGUCCUGGUCCCUUUGCAGAAAAACAGCCCCAAAGCAUGAUGUUUCCACCCCCAUGCUUCACAGUAGGUAUGGUGUUCUUUGGAUGCAACUCAGCAUUCUUUGUCCUCCAAACACGACGAGUUGAGUUUUUACCAAAAAGUUAUAUUUUGGUUUCAUCUGACCAUAUGACAUUCUCCCAAUCCUCUUCUGGAUUAUCCAAAUGCACUAUAGCAAACUUCAGACGGGCCUGGACAUGUACUGGCUUAAGCAGGGGGACACGUCUGGCACUGCAGGAUUUGAGUCCCUGGCGGCGUAGUGUGUUACUGAUGGUAGGCUUUGUUACUUUGGUCCCAGCUCUCUGCAGGUCAUUCACUAGGUCCCCCCGUGUGGUUCUGGGAUUUUUGCUCAUCGUUCUUGUGAUCAUUUUGACCCCACGGGGUGAGAUCUUGCGUGGAGCCCCAGAUCGAGGGAGAUUAUCAGUGGUCUUGUAUGUCUUCCAUUUCCUAAUAAUUGCUCCCACAGUUGAUUUCUUCAAACCAAGCUGCUUACCUAUUGAAGAUUCAGUCUUCCCAGCCUGGUGCAGGUCUACAAUUUUGUUUCCGGUGUCCUUUGACAGCUCUUUGGUCUUGGCCAUAGUGGAGUUUGGAGUGUGACUGUUUGAGGUUGUGGACAGGUGUCUUUUAUACUGAUAACAAGUUGAAACAGGUGCCAUUAAUACAGAUAACGAGUGGAGGACAGAGGAGCCUUUAAAGAAGAAGUUACAGGUCUGUGAGAGCCAGAAAUCUUGCUUGUUUGUAGGUGACCAAAUACUUAUUUUCCACCAUAAUUUGCAAAUAAAUUCAUAAAAAAUCCUACAAUGUGAUUUUCUGGAUUUUUUUUUCUGAAUUUGUCUGUCAUAGUUGACGUGUACCUAUGAUGAAAAUUACAGGCCUCUCUCAUCUUUUUAAGUGGGAGAACUUGCACAAUUGGUGGCUGACUAAAUAGUUUUUUCCCCCACUGUAUAUACACUGCUCAAAAAAAUAAAGGGAACACUUAAACAACACAAUGUAACUCCAAGUCAAUCACACUUCUGUGAAAUCAAACUGUCCACUUAGGAAGCAACACUGAUUGACCAUAAAUGUCACAUGCUGUUGUGCAAAUGGAAUAGACAACAGGUGGAAAUUAUAGGCAAUUAGCAAGACACCCCCAAUAAAGAAGUGGUUCUUCAGGUGGUGACCACAGACCACUUCUCAGUUCCUAUGCUUCCUGGUUGAUGUUUUGGUCACUUUUGAAUGCUGGCGGUGCUUUCACUCUAGUGGUAGCAUGAGAUGGAGUCUACAACCCACACAAGUGGCUCAGGUAGUGCAGCUCAUCCAGGAUGGCACAUCAAUGCGAGCUGUGGCAAGAAGGUAUGCUGUGUCUGUCAGCAUAGUGUCCAGAGCAUGGAGGCGCUACCAGGAGACAGGCCAGUACAUCAGGAGACGUGGAGGAGGCCGUAGGAGGGCAACAACCCAGCAGCAGGACCGCUACCUCCGCCUUUGUGCAAGGAGGAGCAGGAGGAGCACUGCCAGAGCCCUGCAAAAUGACCUCCAGCAGGCCACAAAUGUGCAUGUGUCUGCUCAAACGGUCAGAAACAGACUCCAUGAGGGUGGUAUGAGGGCCCAACGUCCACAGGUGGGGGUUGUGCUUACAGCCCAACACGUGCAGGAGGUUUGGCAUUUGCCAGAGAACACCAAGACUGGCAAAUUCGCCACUGGCGCCCUGUGCUCUUCACAGAUGAAAGCAGGUUCACACUGAGCACGUGACAGACGUGACAGAGUCUGGAGACGCCGUGGAGAACGUUCUGCUGCCUGCAACAUCCUCCAGCAUGACCGGUUUGGCGGUGGGUCAGUUAUGGUGUGGGGUGGCAUUUCUUUUGGGGGCCGCACAGCCCUCCAUGUGCUUGCCAGAGGUAGCCUGACUGCCAUUAGGUAUCGAGAUGAGAUCCUCAGACCCCUUGUGAGACCAUAUGCUGGUGCGGUUGGCCCUGGGUUCCUCCUAAUGCAAGACAAUUCUAGACCUCAUGUGGCUGGAGUGUGUCAGCAGUUCCUGCAAGAGGAAGGCAUUGAUGCUAUGGACUGGCUCGCCCAUUCCCCAGACCUGAAUCCAAUUGAGCACAUCUGGGACAUCAUGUCUCGCUCCAUCCACCAACGCCACGUUGCACCACAGACUGUCCAGGAGUUGGCGGAUGCUUUAGUCCAGGUCUGGGAGGAGAUCCCUAAGGAGACCAUCCGCCACCUCAUCAGGAGCAUGCCCAGGCGUUGUAGGGAGGUCAUACAGGCACGUGGAGGCCACACACACUACUGAGCAUCAUUUUGACUUGUUUUAAGGACAUUAUAUCAAAGUUGGAUCAGCCUGUAGUGUGGUUUUCCACUUUAAUUUUGAGGGUGACUCCAAAUCCAGACCUCCAUGGGUUGAUACAUUUGAUUUCCAUUGAUAAUUUUUGUGUGAUUGUGUUGUCAGCACAUUCAACUAUGUAAAGAAAAAAGUAUUUAAUAAGAUUCUUUCAUUCAUUCAGAUCUAGGAUGUGUUGUUUAAGUGUUCCCUUAAUUUUUUUGAGCAGUGUAUAUAUACAUACAUACACACACACACACACACACACACACACACACACACACACACACACACACACAGACACACACACACGCCAAAACCCAAUAAAGUGAAAAUAAUUCGCUCCUGCUUCCCGACUCACUCCCAGCAUGAGAGAGAGAGAGAGAGCCAUCACCUACAGAGAGAUGAACCUGGAGAAGAGUACCCUAAGCAAGCUGGUCCUGGGGCUCUGUUCACAAACACAAACAGACCCCACAGAGCCCCAGGACAACACACAACACAAUUAGACCCAACCAAAUCAUGAGAAAACAAAAAGAGAAUUACUUGACACACUGGAAAGAAUUAACAAAAAAACAGAGCAAACUAGAAUGCUAUUUGGUCCUAAACAGAGAGUACACUGUGGCAGAAUACCUGACCACUGUGACUGACCCAAACUUAAGGAAAGCUUUGACUAUGUACAGACUCAGUGAGCAUAGCCUUGCUAUUGAGAAAGGCCACCGUAGGCAGACCUGGCUCUCAAGAGAAGACAGGCUAUGUGCACACUGCCCACAAAAUGAGGUGGAAACUGAGCUGCACUUCCUAACCUCCUGCCAAAUGUAUGACCAUAUUAGAGACACAUAUUUCUCUCAGAUUACACAGAUCCACAAAGAAUUCGAAAACAAACCCUAUUUUGAUAAACUCCCUUAUCUACUGGGUGAAAUACCACAGUGUGCCAUCACAGCAACAAGAUUUGUGACCUGUUGCCACAAGAAAAGGGCAACCAGUGAAGAACAAACACCAUUGUAAAUACAACCCAUAUUUAUGUUGAUUUAUUUUCCCAUUUAUACUUUAACUAUUUGCACAUUGUUAAAACACUGUAUAUAAGAAAUGUCUUUAUUAUUUUGGAACUUCUGAGUGUAAUGUUUACUGUUAAUAUUUAUUGUUUAUUUCAAUUUUGUUUACUAUCUACUUCACUUGCUUUGGCAAUGUUAACAUACGUUUCCCAUGCCAAUAAAGCCUUACUUGAAAUGUGAGAUAAGAGAGAGAGAGAGAGAGAGAGAGAGAUAGAUACGAGAGCAGAGAGGAUCUUCUCUCUCUCUCGCUCUCUCUCUCUAUUCCCUGUUCUCUCUCUCUCUCUCUCUCUCUCUCUCUCUCUUCUCUCUCUCUCUCUCUCUCUCUCUCUAUAGAUCGCUAAUAAUAUCUAGAGAUAUUUUCUGCCUCGCCUGCUUUGGCCAAUCCACUACUACUGCUCUGUUUCCAUGGUUUCUGCCUGUCUGUCGUUCUUCCCUAAUGUCUUGAUAUCCCUCUGUCCGUGUGUCUGUCUAUCAUUAGAGCUGCUCCCAGUAUGGUCUGAUUACCUGUCUGUGUCUGUCAGGAUCAAUCUGGCCCCCACGGUGGGCUAUGAGGAGGAUGCAGGCAGCCACACCACCCACCACUUCAUGUACCCAGAGAGUGCCAAGAACCUGGCAGCCAAUGUCAGCUUCGUCCUGGUGCCUUUCAAGACCCUGGAUCUGCUGUGGAUCACCAGCGCACUCUCCACUGGACAGAUUCGCUUGUGAGAGCAAAACUGCUAGCACACACACACACAGUCCAUUCAGUUCCGGUCCUUGCCGUUCUGCAGCCAUAAGCUAGACCAAAAAAUGCUGCUAGACUAAAAAAAAGUCACAGUAAGCAAAUUGACGUUGAAAAGACGACAAAAAUAUUCAAUUUAGGUUCUGAAUGAAAGGUGAAAAUACGUAUUUUUCGUAUGUUUAAAAUACAUAUUUUCCAGGACAUUGAAAAGGCUUUCCGGACUAUUUUCCGGACAUUGAAAUCAGGUACAUUUUCACUUUUGAAUGAAAGUUGAAAAUACUUAUUUUCCGGAUGUUGAAAUCAGGCUAAUUUUUGGUUCUGAAUUAAAGUUGAAAAGACGUAAUUAAUAGACGUCUAUGUAUGGGCCAAAUCAAGGCUGGUCCAGACCGGACAAUAGACAUCUAUGAUUGGUUCAUAUCUGGUUCAGAUUUGGUCCCGAUCGAAUUGUCCAAAAUAUGUCCAAAAGGCGUCGGCAUCGGUCCGUGCUUAGUGUUGCCUGAAAUUGAAUUUUAUGAAGCCCCAUCAAAGCGAAAGCUUACCUUUUUAAAAAUAACCCCAAAGAAAACGUCGGGGGCAGGCCCAGGAAGAAAAAAAGGGAGGGUUUUUGGUUUUGGUUUAAAGGGAGUGAAAGCCUACUAUUUUUGGGGCCCAAAAUUUAAAAAAUUUUUUUUAAAAUGCCCAUCCAUGGGGGGGGUGGGGGGCCCCCCAAAUUUUUAAAAAAAAGGUAAAUUUGGCAUUGGCUUUUUUUUUAAGUCCUGAUUUCCAAAAUUUGGGUCUUUUUAAAAAGCCCCUGAAUUUUAAAAGCUACCCAACUUUAAUCAUUAGGUUACCCGCUAGCCUUUUUCCCAAUGUUUCCCAGCGGGAAAUGCAGAAGUAAAAAAUGUUUCGCUUAUCAUUUUGGAAAAAAAAUUGACCGAUAAAAAAAACUUAAACCCACUGAUAAAUGAUAAUUUGGGGGGGGGAAACUCCUGGAAAAACAGUUGUGAUUGUACAUUGAAACUUUUGGCCCUUUUGUUUUCCCUUUUUUGUUUCCCUUUUUAGGAUAGUUGUUUGUUCCCAUGAAAUUGAAAAUUUUUUAUUUGUUUGGCCCCCUUUUAGGUUAGGCAAAUUUUUGAUCGGGAAAACCCCCCUGAAAUGAUAAAAAAAAAAGUGCCCGUCUCAUUACAUUGUAAACAUUUUAAACCCCCCCCCCUUGUAGCCCACGAAAAGGCCACAAAAAUUUUUUUUUCUACCAAUUUUUUUCCUUUUUCCAAAAUUCCCGGCUACUUUCUUUUUUUUGAGGGUUUUUGGGGGACCCGCCGCAGAGUUUGUCUUUCCAACAGCACCUUGGGGGGGUUUCCGCCGGGGGGGAAAGUUUUGGGAAAAAGGGCCAAAAUUUUUUCCCUUUUUGGGGGGGGGGGGGGCCCCCCGGGGGGGGGGGGGGCCUUUAAAACAAAAGUUGGGGGUCCCUUUUUUAAUCAAAAAGGGGCCGGAAAUUCCAAACGGUUUUUUUCCAAUUUUAAAGCCCUUUUUUUUUGCCCCAAAUUUUUUUUGGUUUUUUAGAAAGUUUUCCAAUUUUUUUUGUGGGCAUUAAGUUAUUUGUUUGAAGGAUUUUUUUUUGGGGGGUUUUUUUGUUUUGGUUUAAAAAAAAAAAUUUUUCCCCGUUUUUUGGAAAAUUUUUCGCUUCAGGAAAGGGUUGUUUUGGGCCCUUUUUAGAACCCCAAUUUUUUUCCCCCCUGCCAUAGGGGGUUUUGCCUAAAGGGGAGCAGGCCGGGCCUAAACCCCCAUUUUCAAAUUGUUUUCCCAAUAAAAAAACCCAACCCUUUUCCGCCCCCCCAAAAAAAAGCAAAAAAAUUUUGUUUAAAUUGUUCAAAGUUAACCUUCGGGGCUUUAAACAAAACAAAAACCCCUUCAAAAAAACAAAAAUUGCACCUCAUUUCUCCCCGCCCCUCUGUCUCUCUGUCUCUCUCUUUUCUUUUCUCUGCUCUCCCCUCCCUCUGGGGGCUCUCCCCUCUCUCUCUCUCUCCUCUCUCUCUCUCUUCUCCCCCUCCCCUCAUUUCUCUGGUCUCCCUCUCUGCUCUCUUCCCCUUCUUUCCCCCUCUCUUUCCUCCUUGUCCUCUCCCCUCUCUCUUCCUGUCCCCCCCUCCCCCCUUCCCUUCUCUUCCCUCCCCCUUCUCUCUGUGCUCUUCCCCUUUUCUCGUCUCUUCUCUCUUCCCCCCUCUUUUCUCCUCUCUCUCUCUUCUUCUCGUCCUCUCUCUCCUUUUCUCCUCUCUCUCCCCCGCUCUCCUUCCUCCUCUCUCCCUUUAAAUCCCCAUUCCAAAAGCCCGGAGCCCCAUCAUAAACCCAACCCACUCUCUGGUGUGGGGAAAAAAGGAAAAAAAAAAAAAAGGGGGGGGUUGGCCAUCUGUAAAAUCAGUAAAACCCCAUUUCCACAGAAAUUUAAAUUAAAGGAUAAAAGUUUGUUAAAUCUUUUCCCUCUCCCCGGCUUUCCACUCUUCUCUUUUCGGGCCCUUUUCCCGGCCCCUUGAAAAAAUUUUCUACGGUGGAAAAAGGGAAAAACAAGGUGAAAAUUUUCUAAAAUUAUAAUUUCUCUCCCCAACCUUUGGGGAAAAGAAAAUUUUUUAAAUGUCACUUUUUGUAACUAAAAAAUUGUCUGUCUCCAAUGUCUUUGGUUUAAACCCCAGCGGGUUUGGACCCCUGGGGGCUUGUUUUUAUUUUUUUAAUGCUCCCCCAGGUUUUCCAAAAAAGGUUUCUUAAAACCCCAAAGCCUUUCUUUUCGGGGUACCAAACCCCCCCCAAAUUACCCCCCCCCGCUGGGAACAGGGCACCCAGGACCUACCCUUUCCACAGGGCUUUGGGUUUUUUGGCCCUUUUGGGUUCCCCUUCGCUUCCGGGCCCUUUUUUGUGAAAACCGAAUGGGAAAACCUCGGCUCCACAAGCCACAAAAAAAUUUAAGAGUUUGGAAGCCGGGCCCUUGUCCGCCUUUUUUUAAAAGGGGUUAAGGACCCGGAAAGGGCCCCUUCGGUAAAAGCAGGGGGGGAAAUUUGGGGGGUAAACCCGAAACCGGGGGUUUGGGAAAAAAACAGGGGGGGGGGCCAAAUAAAUGCGGGGAGGGGGAUAAAAGGCCCUGAUCUUGACUCGCUGGCUAAGGGCUUGCCAAGGGAAUUAAAACAAUUUUUCCCUUGGGAAAUUUUGGGGCGGGCGGAAUUGUGUGUAGGGGGGCUGGGCCCGGUUUACAGGAACACAAAACCCCCUUUCCCCCCCCCCCUUUAAAGGCUUUUUGAUGUUUCACCCUCCCGGUCUUUGGUGCUUUCCCUAAAGGGGUUUCCAAAACCCCCCAUUUUUCCAAGCCUGCUUAUCGGGGUUCCCCCAGGGGGGAGGUUGAAUGGGUGGUUUUGGGUGACUACACCCUUCCCCCCAACAGGCCUACCUCCAAAUUAAGAACAAAAAAAGAACUAAUGGGGGGAGGGGGGCAGAAAAGUCCUGGCCCCUCCAUUUGAAAGGGCCCUUUUAAAACCAGUCCCCCCCCCCUUGCUCACCAGCCCUGGGGUUGGGUCAUCACCCCCUUAGGGGUCCCCACACCCAGAGCGCAGCCCCCCUCCCACCUUAGCCCCCACCCUUAUCCCCCAGGUCAACCCGGCCCCGGACACGGGCCCCUACCCUGCCAUGUCCACCCCCACCUUAGACCCUGCUAAAAAUCCCCCUCCCCCCUGGAGCUGGGAGAAUGGGUUUAAGUUUACCAUGCUUUGAACCCCCGGGGGCUCUUAAAAAUAAGAUUUCCUUUUGAAAUUUAAAAUACUACCCUUUUGGGUAUUACCCCCCCGGGUUUUGGGACCAAUAUACCUUUAAAGGGGGUUUUAUUUUGGGUUUUCCUUUUAAGGGGACCUUUAACCCCACCCCCGGUUUAUAAGGUAAUUGGGGUGAGGUUUACACCGGAACAACACAAGCAUACAAAAAAACAAAAAAUAAGACUAAACCCCCUCACUCACUCCCACACAUAUUUUUCCUUCAGAAAGUAUCAUCCCCCUUAAACUUAUUCCACAUUUUUUUUUGUUGUACCCAAAUUUUAAAAAUGGAUUUUUUUUUAAAUCUCAUCAACCUAAACACAAUACCCCCCUAAUGACCCAAAUUAAAACAUUUUUUUGAAAUGUUUUUCAAAUUCAUUGAAAAUAAUUCAGAAAAAUCUUGACAUACGUAUUCACAUCCCCGAGCAAAACCCUUUAGAACACCUUUCCCCCAGGAUUACAGCUGUUGGGCUUUUUUGGGGGAAAACUCUAAGAGCUUUGCCCCCUGGAUUGUACAAUUUUUUGCACCUUAUUCUUUUGUAAAAUUCCCUUUAAAUUCUGUCAAGUUGCUUUUUUUACAUUUCUAUACAGUCUUGCCAUAGACUUCAAGCUGAUUUAAGUCCAAAAAUGGAACUGGCCACUCCAAAAUUCAAAAGUCCCUCUUGGUAAGGGAAAUCCAGUGUAAAAUUUUGGGCCGGGUUUUAGGUUAUUGUCCUGCUAAAAGGGAAUUUGUCUCCCGUUUUGUUGGGAAAACAGCGAACCCGGGUUUUCCCUCUAGGGUUUUGCCUGGCUUUGCUUAUUUUUAUUUUUAUCCUAAAAAAAAUCCCUAUCCCCCUUUCUGAUACAAGCAUACCUAUGACUGAUCGCCAAACCCCUAAACUUUAAAAAAAAGAAGAGUGGGACUCGUGAUGUGUUGUGUUGGAUUUUCUCCAAACAAUCACUUUUUUAUUCAGGGCCCAAAAAGGGAAUUGCUUUCCACAUUUUUUCAGUAAUUUUUUUAGUGCCCCCGUUGCAAAAAAGGGGGCAUGUUUUUGGAAUUCGUUUCAGGAAACCUUCUUUUCACUGUCAAAUUUGGGUUGUAUUGGGGAGUAACACCUGUUUUUUUUCUCCAUCCUCAGUUUUUUUUAUCACAGCCAUUAAAAUCUGUAAAUGGGCCCCAUGGGAAGAUCACCGAGAGGGUUUUCCCUUUCCCCUCCGGGAACUGAUUUAGGAAAGGGCACUUGUUCCUUUUUUAGUGGCUGGAUUAGGGCCAUCAUCCAAAGUAAAUUAAUAAGUUCACCAUGCUUUAAAGGGAAUUCAAAGUCAUUUUUUUUUUUUUUUUUUUUAUCCACCAAUAGGGCCCUUCUUUGCAGGCAUUGGGAAAAAAUUCCCUGGUCCCUUUUUGGUGGAAUCUUUGAUUGAAAUUCCCCUGCUCGACUGAGGGACCCUUAAAAGUUAAUUGUAAAGUUUUGGGGUACAAAAAUGAGGGAAAUCCCUUUUUCCCCCCAAAACAUUGGGUUUAAAAGUUUAUUGCCAAAAGUGGGCCUGCAACUUCCCGUUUGUGACUUGUUUUUGCACUUUUUUUCUCCUUUUUUUUUAAAAUUUUUUAGGCUUCAACCCAAAAGGGGGGGAAAAACUUUUUGACUAAAAACUUUUAGCUUAUAUUUUUUAAAUUUUUUUAAAAAAAAAACGGGAAAAAAUCAUUUCCCCUUUGGUAUUUGGCCCGGGACAACAAAUCUCUUUAAUCAUUUAAAAUUUUAGGAUUAACACAACAAACGUGGAAAAAAGGGAAAGGGGGGUUUUAUAUUUUCUGAAGGGACUGACAUACUAUUCUCCCACCAACCCCCCGUUUUACCCCAAUGGUUUUUGGUCCAAAUUUUGGGGCCAAUACCAAAUAAGCAAAAAGCUGAUGGGUUAAAAAACCCACCCAAAUGGCGUGUUUCCUCCUGCUGCCCCGUUAAGGGGUCUGCAUCACUCUGAGGCCCAGACAUUAUUCAUGCAUGGACAAAAUGAAGGCGGGCUCUUUUUUUGUGUUUAAAUGGGAAAUUUCCAACUUGAUAAAAAAAUGGAAAAAAGUAUUAAAAUUUGGGCAAAAUAACCCAUAUUUUAACCCGGAACUGGCCCCCUUUUUCCUGUUGUGCGUAACUAUUUUUCGCUACCUAUGUGUUGUGCGGGUGGAAGUUAAUGUUGUCGCACUGUUUGUCGCAUGUCCUUUCGCCUGUCGUGCGUAAUGUUUGCCCUCGGGCAAAGUUUCCAUUUGCCUUGGUUUGGCCUAUGAUACAAGCCUUUGGGAAUAUCGUUCUGAGUCCUGCGUUUGAUUCCACUAUUACACCUACCGCACGCCUGACACUAGCCUAUUUGCAAUGUUUACACAGCGGGAAAUGCAGAAGUAUUAAAUGUUUCACUAUGAUCAGCUUGUCAAAAAUGGACCGAUACAAACUUGAAACCACUGAUCAUGAUAAUGGGGUGAAACUCCUGGACAACAGUUGUGAUUGUACAUUUUACUUUGACCUGUCCUGUUUUUAGGAUAUGUUGUUUGUUAACAUGACAGUGCAUUUUUUAUUUGAUUGAGCGCCAUUUAGGUUAGGCUAUUUGAUCAGAGAAACCUGCAUGAUGUAAAAAGUGUCUGUCUCAUUACAUUGUCAUACAUGUUAUCUCCAGCUUGUAGACUACAGAAAAGGCCACAUACUCUUUCUACCAUAUCCUAUAUCUGCUACAUUCCUUUUUUGAUGGAACGUUGGUGGAGCGCCGCAGAGAUGUGUCUUUCCAACAGCACCUUGGAGAGGUUCGCUGGGAGUGGACAAGCAAAAUAUUUUGCGCCCCUGCCUUUGACAAAGUGAGCACUGUUUAUCACAGGGCGGAAUCAACGCUCACAUAAAAAGCAUUUAUGCCACUGGUUGAGAAAAAUUGUCAUUUUUGGGGGGCAGAAUUAUGUGAGGAUUUAUGUGUUGUUGUUGGAGUUGCGUCUUGGUCAGUUUAGCUCAGAAAAUGCUGCCCUCGUCAAUCUGCUGCCAUAGGCGGAUGCCUAAUGAGCAGGCCGGCCCUGAGUCCAUUUCUAUUGUUUAACAUAAACACACCUUUUCGCACUAGCACAUUUUGUUCAUAUGUUCAAAGUGAACUGCUGGCUUCACAAUCACACCUUCACAAACACAUUGCCACUCUGCACUCUCUGCACUCUCUGUCUCUCUGUCUCUCUGUCUCUCUCUCUCUCUCUCUCUCUGUCUCUCUCUCUGUCUCUGUCUCUCUCUCUCUCUGUCUCUCUCUCUGUCUCUCUCUCUCUCUCUCUCUGUCUCUCUCUCUGUCUCUCUCUCUCUCUCUGUCUCUCUCUCUCUCUCUGUCUCUCUCUCUCUGUCUCUCUCUCUCUCUCUCUCUCUCUCUCUCUCUCUCAUCCCAUUCCAGGUCAGAGCACAUCAUCAACAGAGCACUCUCUCUGUGGAAAAGGAACAACGUGCCAUCUGUGAAUCAGUCAAUCACUUCACAGAAAUGUAGAAAGUAAAGGAUAAAAGUGUGUUAAAUCUCUUUCUCUCUCCCUUUAUCACUCUCUCUUUCAGUACCUACGCCCCUGUGAAGCAGUUUCUACGGGUGGACAAGGACAAGGUGCUAAUCUAUAUUUAUAAUCUCUCCCUCCAACCUUUGUCAUGUAUUUGUUCAAUAGUGCACAGUUGUAAAUAAAUCUGUCUGUCUCCAAUGUCAUUGGUAAACCCAGCAUGGUACACUGUGCUGCUAUCUAAUCUCCCCAGGUUCAGAUCUUCAACCCAGCCUUCUUCAAGUACAUCCAUGACCGCUGGACCAGGCACCACGGACGCUACCCUUCCACAGGCAUGCUGGUCCUGUUCUUCGCUCUGCACGUGUGUGACGAGGUGAGGACCUCGCUAACACACACUCACACAAACACACAAUACAGACACGUCUCUCGGCCAGUCUCUAGGCCAAUCUGUCUGCCUGUUUUAAAACGUUAUCUUGUAUUCCAGGUAAAUGUGUUUGGCUUCGGCGCUGACAGUCGAGGCAACUGGCACCACUAUUGGGAGCAGAACCGCUACUCUGGAGAGUUCCGGAAAACAGGGGUGCAUGAUGCAGACUAUGAGGCCCUGAUCAUUGACUCGCUGGCUAAGGCUGGCAAGAUCACCAAUUUUCCCAGGAAAGUGAGGCGGGCUGGAUGUGUGGUGGGCUGGACAGGUUUACAGGAACACAAGAACACCUAUCACCAUUAGGCUUUUUGAUGUUGUCAUCUGCUUCUUUGUGCUUUGCAUAGAGAGGGAUCCAAAACACUACAUUAUACAAUGCCUGCUUAUCAUGUUCCAGGAUGGUAAGAUGAUGGUGGUUUUGGGUGACUACACUCUUCCCCCAACAGGCCUACCUCCAUAGAAACAACAGAACUAUAGAGGGGGCAGAGAAGUCUGGCCUAGCCACUGUAUGGACCUUUGAACCAGUCCCCCCCUCUUGCUCAGCCACUGGGGGUUGAGUCAUCACACACCUUAGGGGUCUCACACCCAGAGACUCAGCCCCCUCCCACUCUGUAGCCCCCACCCUUAAUACCAUGUCAACCAGUGACGGACACUGAGCUAUCCCUGCCAUGUCCACACCCACCUGUAGAGCUGCUGCUAAAGCCCCAUCGCCCCUGGGAGCUAGGAGUACUAGGUAGUUGAAGUUUACAUGCUUUGAAGCCCAGAGGCUACUUCAAAAUAAGAGUUCCUGUUGUAAUUAAAUGACUAUCAUGUUGAAGGUAUGUACAGCCCACAGGGAUUUGACCACAUAUACGGUAUUAACGGUUUUAUUUGUUUUAACCAUUUUAAGUGACUAAUCCUGCUGAUUAGGUAAAUUGGGGUGAGGCUUACACACAGUGAACAACACAAGCAGACAUACAGAUAAGACUAAAACCACUCACUCACUCACACACAUACAGUGCCUUCAGAAAGUAUUCAUACCCCUUGACUUAUUCCACAUUUUGUUGUGUUGUACCCUGAUUUCAAAAUUGAUUUUUUUUAAAUCUCAUCAACCUAAACACAAUACCCCGUAAUGACAAAGUGAAAACAUGUUUUUAGAAAUGUUUGCAAAUUCAUUGAAAAUGAAGUGCAGAAAUAUCUAAUUGACAUACGUAUUCACAUCCCUGAGUCAAUACAUGUUAGAAUCACCUUUCGCAGGGAUUACAGCUGUGAGUCUUUCUGGGUAAAUCUCUAAGAGCUUUGCACACCUGGAUUGUACAAUAUUUGCACAUUAUUCUUUUGUAAAUUCUUCAAAUUCUGUCAAGUUGCUUGUUGAUCAUUGCUAUACAGUCUUGCCAUAGAUCUUCAAGCUGAUUUAAGUCAAAACUGUAACUAGGCCACUCCGGAACAUUCAAUGUCGUCUUGGUAAGCAACUCCAGUGUAAAUUUGGCCUUGUGUUUUAGGUUAUUGUCCUGCUAAAAGGUAAAUUUGUCUCCCAGUGUCUGUUGGAAAGCAGACUGAACCAGGUUUUCCUCUAGGAUUUUGCCUGUGCUUAGCUCUAUUCCAUUUAUUUUUAUCCUAAAAAACUCCCUAGUCCUUGCUGAUCACAAGCAUACCUAUGACAUGAUGCAGCCACCACUAUGCUUGAAAAUAUGAAGAGUGGUACUCAGUGAUGUGUUGUGUUGGAUUUGCUCCAAACAUAUCACUUUUGUAUUCAGGACAAAAAGUUAAUUGCAUGUUUUGGAAUAUUCUGUACAGGAUACCUUCUUUUCACUGUCAAUUAGGUUAGUAUUGUGGAGUAACUACAGUGUUUUUGCUCCAUCUUCAGUUUUCUCCUAUCACAGCCAUUAAACUCUGUAACUGGCCUCAUGGUGAGAUCACUGAGAGGUUUCCUUCCUCUCCGGCAACUGAUUUAGGAAGGACACUUGUAUCUUUGUAGUGGCUGGAUGUAUUGAUACAUCAUCCAAAGUAUAAUUAAUAAGUUCACCAUGCUCAAAGGGAUAUUCAAUGUCAGCUUUUUUUUAUUUAUUUUUUUAUCCACCAAUAGGUGCCCUUCUUUGCGAGGCAUUGGAAAACUUCCCUGGUCUUUGUGGUGGAAUCUUUGUUUGAAAUUCACUGCUCGACUGAGGGACCUUACAGGUAAUUGUAUGUGUGGGGUACAGAGAUGAGGUAGUCAUUCAAAAAUCAUGUUAAACAGUAUUAUUGCACACAGAGUGAGGCCAUGCAACUUACUGUAUUGUGACUUGUUUAGCACAUUUUUACUCCUGAAUUUAUUUAGGCUUGCCAUAACAAAGGGGUUGAAUACUUAUUGACUCAAGACAUUUCAGCUUAUCAUUUUUUAUUAAUUUGUAAAAAUAUCGGAAAACAUCAUUCCACUUUGAUAUUUGGCCAGUGACAACAAAUCUCAAUUUAAUACAUUUAAAUUUCAGGAUGUAACACAACAAACUGUGGAAAAGGUAAAGGGGUGUGAAUAUUUUCUGAAGGCACUGUACAUACAUAUUCUCCCACACAUACACUCCAUUCACACAAUGUUCUUGGUCAAUUUGAGCCAAUACCACUAAGCAUAAAAGACUGAUGAGUAAAAGAGCCCACACUAAGAUGGCGUGUUGCCUCCUGCUGCCUGUUAAGGGAUACUGCAUCACUCUGAGGCCCAGACAUUAUGCAUGCAUAGGACAAACUGAAGGCUGUCUCUUCUGUGUCUAAUGAUGACAACUUGAUAGAUGAGAGUAUUAUGGCAGAACAUAACUAAACCGACUGCUAGUAAAAAAUUCCAUUAUAUUUUCAGAUCAGAUGAGUAGUUACAAACAGAGUUUAGGAACUCUGACAAAAACUCAGGCUUUAGUCCUGGCUGUAGUAGUUAUGAGCCAAUUUGUCAAUGUGACAUUCUGGCCCUCACCCCAGUGCUCCAACCAGUUGAGAAUGUGUGCUGUUGUGUAAUCCUAUGAUGAUAUCAUAACUAUGGUCAAUACCAUCAUAUACUGUAUGAUAUAAUUGUAUUAUUUCCAUCCUUUGCACAUCAUGACGUUCUUAUCUGACACCAUGCCAUUGUGUUGGGAAGGUCUCAGAUCAGUGUAACUGACUCCUUUACAUAGCCUAUGUCUAAUUUCAGUGUGGAAUUUUAGUUGGUUUAAGUAAGUGUCUCUACCUGACACACACGCCUACUUUAAGUAUGUUGUGCGUAGGGCUGGAACAAUUACCAUAUAACCGUGUAACGGACGGUUAUGGAUGAAGACCGUCACGAAACUAAAAUAACCCUCAUAACCGUUAAAGAUAUAUGUGUGUGUAUGCAUGCGUGUGGAAUAAACAGCUGACUGAAGGUGACCGUGGUCAUUUGGUUGACCAAUAGCCGUCAUCCAAAAUUCCAUGACCGUCACAGCCAUAGUUGUGCGUGUGUGUGAGAGAGCGAGAGCUGUAGAAAUCAUUGUGAUUCUCUUAGUUUUGUCGAAGUUUGAUUUUCAGGUAGAGCCCUCAUAACAAAUAGACACAUAUCAGUAAUUUACAGCCAUGUGACAACACACACAUCCAUGCUUGCGUGCCUUUUCCCAGUAUUGUACAUACAGUACCUUUCCUGCAGUGCACCAUAAACCUCAGCUACAGUACACACGUGUGCCAACUUAAGUUUAAUUUAGUAGUCAUGCACAGCACAUUCACACACCUACUAUAAACACCUGCACCUGCUGUUAGAAUCUUACUGUUUGUUAGUCAUGUCUCUUACACAUACACAUAUUCUGAGAGCUUCAAUUGGCUUCUUUUCCCUGAUUUUGACCACACACCUUAUAUUCUACACACCCCUGGUCUCGGCCUGGCUGAGCUGUGCCUUCUGGACCCACACACAUAUGUUUCACUCUGCCUUUCUCUAGGAGCCAUGUAGAAAGGCUUCCUUUAUGUUGCUUUUUACACAGAACACAUUACCUUGAGGUGAAAGGAAACAAACUAUCUGUGACGACUAAUUUUGCGUAAAGUUGAUAUGACUAUGGCUGAAUUCAUUUGCUGUGCUCAAUCUGUGUUUUGCCAUUGUGUCGGUGAGCUAAUGUGUUCCAAGAUGACAGCCAAUGACAAUGUGUCUAGUGCUUAAAACAUCUCCAACAUGUGUUUUACAUGGAAAGUUUCUAAAUAUUCCCACCACUUUUCUGGGUGGUGCUGUCCAUGACAGAAAUAGAAUGUGCAAUACUUCACCAAAGAGAAUCAAACAUAAUUGACAUUGUUCUAAUGACUUCUAUAUCUUUAAUUCCAUUACUCCCUAUCACUUUUGUAACUCUAUAAAAUGUUUAUCCAACAGGAUAUAAGGCAUAGGUAAUGUAUCAAUAAAGCUAGCCCACUGAAGCUGAACGCUACGUUCUAGCUCAACUUGCAUCAUUUUGUUUUCACAUAGUAAGGAAACAGUAUUUUCCCUAUUCUGUUGUUCAUUUUGCAGUGUACCUUCUGGGAAAUUGACUGUGUGAAAGGUGAGAAAUCCCUUUCCACUCUGCUGUCCCUCAGUGUAUCGUUGGAUAAUAGGUUUUUUAAUGUAUUUGAGUUAUUGGUUCUGGCUUCUAGCGUUACCUAAAUGGUUUCUUAUGACACGUAUCCAUCCUGUUGCAUUGUUUUGAUGGUUUCAUCUGCAUCGCCAGCUCUUCAUUAGAGGUCUCUUGUGCACAACAACAGUAUUCACCGACAACAGUGUGCAUGUCAGUGUUACUAUCGUAUUACUACUAUUACCAAUAGUAUCCUCAUUAGUAUUAUGACUAUCAUUGGGUCUGUCAGCACUCCAUCUCUACUUUACUACUUAAAUUAAAACCUCCAUCUGUGUGUGUGUGUGUGUGUGAUGGACUGUUUUUAUCCUAUGCUAUCGUAAAAAUAAAAGCAAAAUUAAAAGAAAUGGUUUUAUGGAUAUUUUCUUAAGUGGGGUAGUAAGAGCACCUACAACAUCUACCCUGUACUAGACAUCUUUACCAUCAGACUGACUGACCAGUCAAACAGGUUCUUACCAUCGCCCAUAAACUACAGGAGAAGAGAGAUCUAAGUACUAGUAUUAGUGGAAAGAAUGCAACAGAAAUCAAGCGUUACCAGUAUUUUUGUUCCACAACAUGGAAUGCAUCAGACAUGGACCAGUCACAAUGCAUUCCUAGGAAGUGGCAAUAAAAUGCAUUUCACAGAAUUGACAAUGUCAUGUCAUCCAUUUAUUUAAUUCAUUGACUCAAUUAAUUAUUGGACAUUACAUAUGAAAGAGAUGUCGGACAAUAAGACACUAAGGUACAGUAGUAGGUGUGAAUUGACAUUACAACUCCCAGGAAAGCCAGUCUGCAGAGACCACAUCUCCCCACAGUCAGGGAGGGGGAAGUGAGACAAACACAAUGACAUGGAGAGGCCAAUGGAAUAGAGAGAAACAGGCAAUGAACAGAAGCAGUUUACCAUUGAGUAUUUCCAUCAUUAGUUUAAAAGGGAUGGUUUAAGAGGGUGGUUGUUGGGCUUUGACUACUAGAGGACAGAUCAGGUAGGAGGCUGUCGGGUUAGCAUCAUCUCGCAUACACCAAUAAUCAUUCAGUUACCCAAUCAAAGAGAUUAGCCUCUUAGAAGGAGCCAUUAGAAUUGUGCAUCGGAUCAAACCAUGAUAUCCUCCUUAAAUUGCAGGUGCAUCUCCCUUUCAGAGAGAGAGACAGAGGGCUCCUUCAUCUGCCUCUCUAACCAUUAGAUAGGUGAAUGUUCCUAUACAAUUUACUGUCUGGAAUGUCCAGUUCAAAGUCACAGAGAACAGCUGGAACAUUCCAGUGGGUGGUGGGGCUGGUAAGGGUUUUCCCUACAAUCCUUCACCACACCCCAGUCUCAUCCUCCACAUUAGUUUUCACCCAGUUUAAGGCGGGCAAACUGGUUGGCCAUCUGUAGUGCCUCUUCUAUGCAGUGUGUGUUCCUGCCAGUGGCCUGGGCAGACAUAUCCUUGCCACCACCCUUGCCAUCCAUCAGAGGGCAAAGCUCCUGCACCCACUCACUGGCCUUCAGACCCCGUUUGGCAACAUCCUGGUAGAGGAGAAAAUCAACAGA